ACUGCCUGGCCUCUACAGGGAGAGACUUUAACAUAACGAGAGAUUUUAAAUUAAUAGUAAUUUAUCAAGAGGCCAUAGAACUCUAGAGUCAGGAGUCCUCCUCUCUCUCUCUCUCUUUAUCUGAAUUAAAAAAAAAAAAACCCAAAUCAGAAGUGGUGAAAUCACAAAAGGAAACUCCAAGUAAAUUAGGCCUAAAUGUAAAAAACUAAAAUCAUAUAACUCCUAGAAGAAAAUAUAGAAGUGAUGUCAAAUGUAAAACAUUAAUUCCCCAAUAAAGAAAUUUGAAAAAAAAAGAAAGUAUAGAAAUGGAUCUUUAGAAGUUUGUUUCUUCUGUCUCCAUGGCAACAACAAAGCCAUAGAUCAAAGAAGCUUCCAAAGCAGAGACAAUAGCCCAAGGCAGUAAGGACCCAGAAAGUCUCCCUCACCCAAAGACAGAAGUCACUUCAAGAAGAUUAAGUCACAAUCAGGAAGAGAGCCACACAAGAUACAGAGCUUUAACCUGGGUUGCUGUGCCCUUCGAGCUGGCUUUCAAACAUGGUCAGAUCGCCACUCCUCACAGCCUCAAUAAUCAAGUCAGAGCUGGGAAGAGGCUAGAAGGAGUACGAGAAGCUGCAAUCUGUGAGACCAGAGAAGACAGCAUUAGUCAAUGCCCGCGCUGGGCUGCUCUGCUGGGCUGUGAGGCUCAAGCCCCUCAGUUUGCUUCCUGGGGGCUGUCAGCAGGGCUGACAGAAUGAGUAGCCCCAUGGCAGCCUUGCUGCUCCUCUCAGGAAUCUUCCUCCUGCUUCUGCUGCCCACAGCAGCCCCAUCACAUUGCUACCUAGCUAAGAAAGAAGAGUGCAGGGAUCAUCAACAGUUUGUACCUGGCUCUUGGCUGGCAGGAGAGGGUUUGAAUGUGAUCACUCUCCAGCGCUCAGGCUCCUUCCCCGUGGACACACAGCGUUACCUGAACCGUGAUGGCUCCUGCACCCUCUGCUUUAAUGACCUGCAGCAGGGCACCCUCCAGCGCCUGCCCCUGGCACUCAUCAACUGGCGGGCUCAAGCCACAGGCUGUCAGCGCAAGACUGUCAAGGCCCAAGUCAGCUCUAAGGACGAGGUGGCCAAGGAUGUGGCCAACAGCGUCAACAAUGAUUGGCGGUUGGGCUUGGACUUGGGGAAGUUGGUAAAUACUGCAAACCCCGUCAGUGUACAAUUGAGCGUGGCCGGCUCAGACUCCAAGAUUGCUAAAUUCGCAAAUGAGAAGGCCAGCCAGGACCAGUAUGUCUUCACCAGUGACAAGAUAGAGUGUCUCUUCUAUAGUUCUCAUCUGGUGCACGAUCCCCCUCUCCAACUGGAUUUCAGGAAGGCAGUCCAUAGCCUGCCUCCAUACUAUAACUCCUACAGCCAGUGGAAGUACGAAAGAAUCAUCUCCAACUAUGGCACCCACAUUAUCCGCUCCAUGCAACUGGGUGGCCGCAUCACAACCGUGACAGCCCUGCGCACCUGCGAGCUGGCUCUGAAAGGGCUCAAAGCCAAUGAGGUGGCACAGUGCCUGGGCAUCGAGUUAAACAUAGGCGGAAAAGGCAGCCACUCGGCGGAAUUCAAGCACUGUGAGGAGUUGAAGCAGCAGCUGCAGAUGGGAUCUUCCUUCCACCACGACUACCAAGAGCGCUAUACUGAAAUUAUCGGCGGCAACCACAGCUUUAUGCACGAACUUCUGUUCAGCGAACAGACCGAGGUGGAUCAAUUCAAGAUCUGGGCUAAUACGCUGCCAUACAGUCCUGGCAUAGUACAGUAUACGCUGGAACCUCUGCAUGUGCUCCUGAAGAAAGGCGACCCCCGGAGGAAGACACUCAGGAAGGCUGUGAGCAAAUAUAUCCUGAGCAGGACACACUGGAAGGACUGCUCCCAGCCGUGCGCGACGGGGCAGUACAAGAAACCCAACAACCCCUGUGAGUGUGCGUGCUACGGCUCCCCGGUCAGCACCCAGGACUGCUGUCCACGCCAGAGAGGCCUGGCCCAUUUGGUCGUCAUGAAUUUUGUGGCAAGGGACCUGUGGGGCGACCCUAGCAACCCCACUGACGCCUAUCUGAAAAUCAAGUAUGGAAACCAGGAGCUGAGAGUGGGCAUCGUAUGGAAUAAUGAUAACCCUAAGUGGAUGACUGAGGUGGACUUUGGUAACGUGAUGCUGCCCUCCGGGGGAGCCCUGACAGUGGAGGUCUGGGAUGCAGAUGAUGGCUGGAAUGAUGACCUCCUGGGCAUGUGUGAACGGACUCCAAUGUCCGGAACACAUGAGGUAAAGUGCAUCUUGGAUCAUGGUGAACUGAGAUUCUUCUACCAUAUUCAAUGCUUGCCACACCUGGCAGGGCCAUCCUGCACAGAUUAUGCCCCCAGUCAGUCUCCCCAGGCACCUCCUAUGAACCACAGUGUCAUAUAUAAGGUCUAAGUGUACUAGGCCGCAGUGUGCCCAGCCUGAAGAGUUGUCAAAUCCACAGCACAGGCUGCCAUUCACAUCCCUACAAAACAGAUGAAAACCUUGCACCGUUUCGUCAGUAAGGAGACUGCGUCUAGAGGCCAGCUGAGUCUCCUUGUCCAAAUUGCCUCAGUUCUCCGAUAUCCUGGGCCCCCUAAAUCAGCUGAGGCUGGGCCACGUCCUAAAUUCACUGCUCCACAGCCACCGCCAUGCCCACUCAGAUGCUUGUUGCCACUGUAGGCCUCCUCCUCUGCUGCUCCUUGUCGUUUGGAGAGUCCCUCACCAGAUUAGACCCAUCCCUUCCGCCCUCACUGCGCUGACUUCUCUGCCCACCAGGCUCUGCUGCCCAGACAAGGCCCGUCCUGACCUGUCGCUGUUUCCACCUGCUGACAGGGGACCCAGAAAGAUGAUACGAUGGCGGUGGUUGUGAUAGGA